AUGCUACGCUCCCUUCCACUCCAGUUCCCCCGCCGCUUCUUCUCUGUCUCCGCAAAAAUGGCCUCCACAACCCCGAUGGAAGAUCUCAUGCGCGACAAGAUUGUUCACGCCUUCACUCCCUCCACCCUCGUCAUCCGCAACGAUUCCCACAAGCACGCCCAUCACGCGGCAAUGCAAGGUGCUACGUCAAAGGAAACGCACUUCCAUGUUACAAUUACCUCUUCCGCUUUUGAAUCGAAGAUGCAACCUGCGCGGCAUCGGAUGGUCUAUGCCUUGCUGAAAGAUGAGAUGAGCCAAGAAGGGGGUAUUCAUGCGUUGCAAUUGAAGACGAAGACACUGGCUGAGGAACAGCGAGAGAAGGAGAGGGAAGCAUAA